CUCAUGGCUGCAAAAAAGGGUCCUGAGCGAGCAUGCCUUGUGAGUGAGAGGGACACCAAGAGGUACUCCUUAGCCCUAGACAGGAUGAGCUGGCAUCAGAAGAAUUUCAAUGAGGAGAGGCAGCAGCAGGAAGAAGAAAAUGCUGAAGCCAAUCAAGCAUAUCACUGUCAUGGCUACUUACAGGCCUAUGAGGAUAGGAAAGGGGAGCAGCACCAAGCACGGAGGAAGCUCUACACAGCAUCAGUAAUUUGCAUCAUCUUCAUGGUUGCUGAGAUUACAGGGGAGUAUCUUUGUGGACAGAUAGCUGGCAGCCUGGCGGUGGUCAGUGAUGCAGCACACAUCCUGGUGGACCUGACGAGCUUCCUGAUCAGUCUCUUCUCACUGUGGCUGGCCUCCAAGCCUCCCACCAAGCAGUUAACUUUCGGGUGGCACCGAGCAGAAAUUCUGGGAGCUUUGAUGUCUAUGAUAAUCAUUUGGAUGGUGACUGGUGUGCUGACGUAUUUGGCUAGCAUGAGGCUGCUACACCCCAAUUAUGAUAUUGAUGCUGCAGUGAUGCUCAUCACCUCUGCUUGUGCUGUGUUCGCCAAUAUCCUACUAAGCCUGAUUCUGCACCAAACUGGACACAGGCAUAGCCACGGAGCAGAAGCCAGGGAAACCUCACUGGCCUCUCUGGAAAAACCAGCUCUGAGCAAUGCCAGCCUGCGGGCAGCCUUUGUGCAUGCCAUUGGGGAUUUAUUCCAGAGUAUUAGUGUGCUAAUUAGUGCACUUAUCAUCUUCUUUAAGCCAGAAUACAAAAUAGCUGAUCCAAUCUGCACAUUUGUGUUUUCCAUCUUUGUUUUGGCAACCACCGUCACCAUUUUAAGGGAUAUUUUGGUUGUGUUAAUGGAAGGAACAGAGAAAGAACUUCCUUAUGAUGCAGUGAAAGCAAGAAUUUUAGCAGUUGAGAAAGUGGAAUCUGUUCACAGCCUUCAUCUUUGGUCUCUGACGAUGAAUCAAACGAUUCUAUCUGCUCAUGUGGCCACAGCAGACACAGUGGACAGUCAGAAGAUUUUGAAAGACAUCACCCAAGCCCUGUUUGAGCACUACAGCUUCCACUCCAUCACCAUUCAGAUUGAAUCAGGAGAGGAUCAGAAACAAAACUGUGUCUUCUGUCAGGAGCCAAGGAAUUAA